UCUUUUGCCAUUGCCUGUGACACUGAUUUUCUAUUAUUCAUUUUUACAGCACAGAAGGUCUGCUGAUGGCAUGCUUAUGGGUUCUAGUUCUCGUAGUCCUGUUGGGGAUGCACCUGCUUCCCCUAAGUACUCUGAUAGACUUUCUCCGGCAAUCAACAAUUAUCUGUCUGAGGCAUCAAGACAAGAAGUCAGACCUCAGGGAACACCUGAAAAUGGAUAUUUGUGGCAAAUAGUAAAUUCUCAGUUAAGUUCUCAUAGCCAGCCAUAUUCAUUGAGAGAGGCUCUGGCUCUGGCACAAUCUUCUAGAAUUGGAGCUUCUGCUCAGGCUCUUAGAGAAUCUUUGCACCCAUUAUUGAGGCAAAAACUGAAAAUUGAGGAUGGGACUUGAGAAGCUAGCUUGCAAGUUAUGAUUAAACAGGUUUUGGCAUAAAGGAUUUAACCAAUUUUGAUGUUAUUGUUGUGGUACACUUUCAAAGUUAGGGUUCUACUUAGCAGAUAAAACUGCUUCAUAAAUUUGAGUGUUUCAGGAACUAGAGAGAAAGAGCACAACAGCUGCUGCACUCAAGUCACUUCAACAUAAACUUGAGAAAUACAAGAUAAAGUUGAACAACUCGUAUAAGAGUACUCGAGUAUACUUAUAACUUGUUCAUGUUGCACAAAACUGAUUACAAGG